AGUUGACAGGAUCGAGUCCAGAUUUUGUGGUCCUUAGAUUGAGUCGGUAGGUCGUGUCAGUUAGAGGAGUAGACACGAGGGGUGGUACGUCUACCAAACCUUACACACCAGAACAGGAGGCAAAAGCCGCCGCCCUUCUGAAAAAUAAAGAGAGAAGGAGGCGAAGAAGAAGGCCCUGAUGGAGGAACAGGCGGCGAAGUUGAACAAGAUUGAGGAGGAGAUGGCCAGAGAAAAAGAGAGGCUAAAAAGAGAAGAAGAAGACAAGCUUAAGGCAGUAGAAGAGGAGGAAGAGGAGGAAGAGGAGGAAGAGGAGGAAGAGGAGAGAGAACAACCACUGGAAAGGCGAAGGGCAGAAGGAAGAGGUGAAUCCAGUGGCACAAAGGAAGACCAGCUAGAGAAGAAGAUUAUGGAAUGGGUUGCUGGUCUGUCCCUGGGGGAAGAAGAGGAGGCCUUGAUGUAUGUGCCCAGGGAAGAACAAAAGGCGGCCUUGAGAGCUUGGGAUGCCGAAGAAGACCCACUCAAGUGGCAGGCUAUGCAGGAUGAGAAGAGGAUGGAGUGGAAAUUUCGAUUGAUGAGGGAGAGAAAAAGGAGAAUGGAGGCGGCAAGUGAGGCGGCGAAAGCAUUGGAAGAAGUGAAGAAGCAGAGAGACCAGAUGGCGACGCAGGUGGAUUUACUGGAAAAGAUAGAGAUAAUGGCAAGGAACAUAGAGCGUCUGACCCAGGAAUCUCCCACAUCACAUGUGCAUAUGGCAGAGGUUGCAGGCUGGCGCCUAGAUAGCUGUCCAGAGACUGCUUGUGUAAGGGUCUCUCUAGGCAAUUCCCUCACAGGCGUGGCCAAUGAGCUGAAGGAGAGAAUGCCCGCCUGGGCCAAGAUGAAGAAGGAGAGUACAGGACAACUAGUUCUAGUAGACGUAGAGAUUUUUAGAGGUAGAGUAGUGGCCCUAGUAGAUAGUGGGGCCACGCGCAGCUAUAUAUGUAGAAAGGUGCUGCAGAAGUUGAAGUUGGGGUUGAAAGUCCAAAAGUUAGCAGACCCCAUAGUGAGUAUCCUCGCAGACAAUCGCACAAUCCGAGUAGAGGAUUAUGUAGAGGGAGUCCAGGCGUACUUUCGCCUAGAGAAAGAUGCGGAAGUGGAGAAAGUUCGCCAUUCCCUUAAUCUCCUUGUAGAGGAUAGCCUUCCUUUCGAUAUAGUCCUAGGAAUGGACUGGGGAGAGGCAGCUGGGGCCACAGUCCAUUUGAGCGAGCACGAAUGUAGGCUCCCUAGUCCGUCAGGCGGAGUCAAGACUGCCCGUCUAUUUCAUGUGUCAGGAGUAGAUAACUCCCUGGCGCAUUGCUGCCUUAGCGCUCCUGCGUUCGCAAGAUUAGUGAAGAAGGAGCAGCUAGAGGAACAGGUCUUUGUAGCCUAUGUUAGGCCAGUGACUGAGCCUAAAGAGGAGAAGCCUAUAGACCCUGCUAUUGCCAAGCUGCUAGAAGAGUUAACAGACUUAGCUAAGCCGCCAACAGGAGUAGUACCGCGACCAAUCCAGCAUUACAUUGAGAUAGAGCCUGGCAGUAGGACUCCUAAGGGAGCAAUGUAUAGGAUGUCCCCGCGGGAGUUGGAGGAGUUGCGCAAGCAAUUAGACGAGCUCCUAGAGAAUGGUUGGAUUAGGCCCAGUUUGUCUCCAUUUGGAGCACCUGUUCUGUUUGUCCCCAAGGAGGGAGAGCUCAGAAUGUGUAACAGGGGUCUCAAUGCGAUUACAGUGAAGAAUGGAGAGCCACUGCCCCACGAGGGAAAAGUGGGAGAGGAAAAAAGGGGUGGGGGGAGGCGGAGCGGAGGGGGCCGGCGGGCGGAGGCGCAGGCGAGGUGGCCCCCGAGCAGAGAAGAGGUGGGUGGAGGCAGGGAGGAGAUGGUGGGCGGUGGCAGAGGGGAGGUGGGAAAAGGCGGAGAGGAGAUGGCAUGGGGAGGCAGAGGGGAGGUGGGUAGGGGUGGGCGGAGGUGGAUGCGAGGUGGGCGGAGGGUGGAGAAGAGGAGCAGAGGUGGAGAGGAGAUGGUAGGAGGAGGCCGAGAGGAGAUGGUGGGCGAUGGUGGAGGGGAGAUGCCUGGAGGAGGCGGAAGGGAGGUGGGCGGAGGCAGAAGGUGGGAGCCAGUGGCAGAAGGGAGGAGCGAUCUUAAGACUUUAAGAUCGUGGGACGAUCCAGGCCGUUCGACAAAUCGGACGGUCUGGAUCGCCGCACGAUCUUAAAGUCUUAAAGUCUUAAGACCACGCGG